GUCAUCCUGGGAAGCAUCAUUUGGACCGAGUGGGUUUAAAACACACACACAUACACACUCACUUAGGCUGACAUAGAAGCAGCUGGGUACACACAUACGCGCACUUUCUCUCUCUCACACACACACACACACACGCGCGGGGAAGAACCUCCGGCUGCUGCCCAGAGAGGUGUUCGGUCCAGUGAUGGGAGCGCUAAGCCGCCAGAAGUUUUUCCAGGAACUCACUCACGGCUGCCUGCUGCCGACAGCGCAGCAGGGUCUGGAGCAGGUAUGGCAGCUGCUGGUCAUCUGCCUGCUGUGUCGGCUCCUCUGGUUGUUAGGCCUUCCCUCAUUCGUGAAGCAUCUGUGCACAGUGGCGGGAGGUUUCUACGCUCUCUACCUGUUCUUUGAGCUUCACAUGAUCUGGGUGGUCCUUCUCAGCCUUCUCUGCUACCUCUUCCUCUUCCUAUGCCGCCACUCCACCAUGCGAGGCACCUUCCUCUCCAUCACUGUGCUCAUCUACCUGCUGCUGGGAGAACUGCACAUGAUGGACACCACCAAAUGGCACAAAAUGAGAGGUUCACAGAUGGUGGUCGCCAUGAAAGCCAUCUCUCUGGCCUUUGAUUUGGACAGAGGCGUUGUGGCCAGUGUACCCUCGCCAAUCGAGUUCAUGGGCUACAUUUACUUUGUGGGCACAGUCAUCUUUGGUCCCUGGAUCAGCUUCAACAGCUACAAAGAAGCUUUAGACGGACGUAAGCUAAGCUUCACAUGGUUUAUAAAAGUCUCUGUGAGCUGGGUGAAGAGCCAAGUUUGCCUUGUUAUUUCCAACUGUGUGGCGCCAUACCUCUUCCCUUAUUUCAUACCUGUUUACGGAGACAAACUACUACGAAGUAAAAGGAAAAGGAAGAUCAGAGGUACACUGGCAAAGUGGUUGCUGGCGUACGAGGACACAAUGUCCUUCCACUUCAGCAACUACUUUGUUGGGUAUUUCAGCGAGACCACUGCAACUCUGGCUGGGGCAGGCUUCACCGAGGAGAAAGAAAACCUCAAAUGGGACAUGACUGUAUCCAAACCCAUGAAUAUAGAGUUUCCCCGGUCGAUGGUGGAGGUGGUGACGUCGUGGAAUCAGCCCAUGUCUCGCUUUCUGCACACCUAUGUCUUUAAGAGCGCUCUCAAAUUUGGGACCUUCUCUGCCAUCAUGGUGACGUAUACGGCCAGCGCCCUUCUGCACGGUUUGAGUUUUCAUCUUGGCGCAGUACUUAUAUCCCUGGGCUUCAUCACGUACAUUGAACAUGUGUUGCGGAAGAGGCUCGCGGCCAUUUUGGACGCCUGUGUGCUGUCAAAGGAAUGUCAAGCAAACUGCACUCACCGAAACAAAAAGAAACUAUGGGUCUAUACGAUUAACAUAGCGUUCUGCGCGUUGGCACUUCUCCACCUGACAUACCUGGGCUCUGUGUUCAACUCCAGUGUGGACUACAUAGAGGAGGAUGAGGACGAUGUCACACAUCAUACCAUUCAGAAGUGGUCCGAGCUGAGCUGGACAAGCCACUGGGUGACGUUUGGGUGCUGGAUAUUGUAUCGUCUCAUUCUCUAAUGACAACGGACAGAGGACAGAUGAAGGAUGCAAUAAUGAGAGAUGUCAGGCUGCUUCUCCACUGUCUGCACUGUGACCUUAUCCUGCAUUAGACCGAAGAGAUCACAUUUAACCUGUAUAUAACAGUGAGCCGACACGCAGUGUCCAGGUUGCGCUGACGUUGACUCUGGGGACAAGUGUGUUGAUAUCCAUGAAAUGGUCGCCCCACUCUUCCUCCCUCCUUUUCUCCACAUCACAUCCCUUUUUAUCUGAUCCGCAGUUAUCGAGCCCUCGUGUUGUGACAGCAGUUGCCGAUGCCUCACUGUGAGUCACAAUCAAUACCUGUCAGCGUGGCGGACAUCUGCUGCUCCUUUUCUGUGGACACACAAGAUUAUCUAGGUUUCACCGCCAGGAGAGUGCAGCAUUUGUCCUACGGCUGUGGUGAGGUUUUCCUUUUCCACCUCAAGUGUUUUACAAUCAUGUGUUAUAACGUUUAAAACUGACAUUUAUCUUGAAGACAACAAAUCCCAUGAAAAGAAAGCCCCACAAUGCAACAGUACACCUCCGAUUCUCUGCUCCUCCAAGCCUCUUAACUAUACUUAGAAUUUUUGUUUGUUGGUGUGAUGAAAGGCUAAAUCAUUUUGUUAAACAGCUGGAAGCUAUACUUUUUAACAAUUUAGGAACUAUGUUCAGUUUUCAGAUUGACGCAUGUGUGGUGCUCUGGAGGCUCUUAAGUGCUGCAGAAUGAUUUUUAAAACAACAUGGACCAAAUCACUGUAUGAUUUGGUCUUUUUGUGGGAUUUGUUUUUAUUAAGACAUAGAAAUAUACACUAACGUAUCCUUUUAGAGAGAGAGAGUGUCUCUUGAGCGUGUUAAAACAACAAAGAGUUGAAUUUUAAAGGGAAUAAAAGCACACGUUCUGGUUUUAAUGCAGCAGUUUUAUCAUCACACCUAUGACUUCCUCUUUUGUGAAAGAAAUCACCAGAUUUAUAAAUGAAUUAUUGUGGUGCAGUUUCCUGAUUGUGUUUGUUUUAUGUUAUUUUGAUGAAUUCCUUUACAAAAAAUUAGCUUAUAGAAAAAAGUCUUAGUUAGUAUUUGUGAGACACUUUCACUAUUCAGUACUGGGAAUGAAAGUUAAGAAUCAGGGUAUUAUCCAUGUGUUACUGUCGAGCAAACAUGUCUUAACUUCUCUUCCAACCUCAUAACGCAAUAUUAAAAAAAAUGAUAUACUAAAUAUUUAUCUUUAAGUAUAGAGUUUUUUAUGUCACUGCUGCUUUUAAUGAUGUAACUGAUGAUGAAAGAACUUGGUUAUCUGUAUCAGACUGAUCACAUUCUGUCUCUUAUCUUUCAAAAAACGGACUUAUAUUGAUAUUUCUGCUUCUUGACAGGGAUGUAGUAUUUUACAUUAGGCUCAAUCCAACGUGUAUGUGUUUCAAAUGCUACUUUCUUCCCUCCUGUGAAUGUGAAUUAAGGCACUGAUACACCUGUGAUAUUUUUAUAAAAAUUUUACAUGAAACCUG